AUGUUCUUCCAUAAUUUAAUUGGACAACCGUCUUGUGCUUCCUUUAACACAACUACGUGUCGCUUUGCAGUUGAAGAGAUUUGCUUGUCCCUCGAUUCGCAGUUAUACACACCGGAAUAUUCUUUUGUUUUUAUAUUGUCCUUUUUUUUCUUUCUUUCUUUCUUUCUUCCUUUCUUACCACCUUUCAUUUCUUUUUAUAUUGAUCUUUCUUUGUUAUUUGUUUAUAUAAUCUUCUGUUUCUUCUUAUAUGGUCCUUUCUUUUUUAUAUUGCUCUUUCUUUCUUUCUUUCUUUCUUUCUUUCUUUCUUUCUUUCUUUCAUUCAUUUAUCAUCCUUUAUUUAUUUUUAUAUUAACCUUUCCUUCUUUCUUUCAUUCAUUUAUCAUCUUUUAUUUCUUUUUAUAUUGUCCUUUCCUUCUUUCUUAUUUAUUUAUAUUAUCUUUUGUUGCUCCUUAUAUAGCCAUUUCUUUUUUUUCUAUCUUUUUUAUAUUGAUCUUUCUUUCUUUUUAUCAUCUUUUAUUUCUUUUUAUAUUCCUUUCUUUUUAUCGGCUGCUUAUCAUCGUUUUUAUUUCUGUUUUAGGGUUUAUAAUUCAAUGUUUCUUCUUUCGUUCUUUCUUAUUUUUUAAUUCACUCGCUGCUUCAAACUGA